GUAUCCCUUUCGUCAUUGCUAAGGUCAUAAACGGCUAUAUAAACCCAACCCAGACCAUUUUGUAUCUAGACACGAUUCUGUUCCAAAUCACCGCUCUUUUGCACCUUUAAAAAAAGGCCACGCACACGCACCUCUAACUGUCACUGCCAUGGCUGCUGCUGCUUUGGAUAAGAGCGUACCAGAGAAAUUGCCCCCAUCAUUGGAUGCGACUGCAGAGCAACCUCCACUAUUUGAUGGAACUACCAAGUUGUAUACAUGCUACACUUGUCCAUUUGCCCAUCGAGUUUGGAUCACCAGGAAUUUCAAGGGAUUACAGGACGAGAUUAAGCUAGUCCCUCUAAUCCUUCAAAAUAGGCCUGCUUGGUAUUCAGAGAAAGUUUACCCUCCAAACAAGGUUCCAUCACUGGAACACAAUGGCAAAAUCACCGGGGAGAGUCUUGAUUUGAUUAAGUAUUUAGAAAGCAACUUUCAAGGACCUUCCCUUCUCCCUGAGGAUCCUGCUAAGAAAGAGUUCGCUGAAGAGUUGUUCUCCUACACUGAUACAUUCAACCGUACAGUGUUUACUUCAUUCAAGGGAGACCCGGCGAAGGAAGCUGGUCCUGCUUUUGAUCAUCUAGAAAAUGCUCUGCAUAAAUUUGGUGAUGGGCCAUUCUUCCUUGGUCAAGAAUUCAGUUUGGUGGACAUAGCCUAUAUCCCAUUCGUUGAAAGAUUCUGCAUCUUCCUGUCAGAAGUGUUUAAGUAUGAUAUUACUGCUGGCAGACCAAAACUGGCAGCUUGGAUUGAGGAGUUGAACAAGAUUGAGGCUUACAAGCAGACAAAAACUGAUCCAAAAGAGAUGGUUGAAGUUUACAAGAAGCGCUUUAUGGCUUAGAAUGAAAAUGCCACUACACUGAACAAGGGCCUUGAUGUCUCUUAGCUGAAGAAGAUUGGUUGUGUUUGUAGGGUUAAGGUGCAGAUAUAUAUAUAUAUAUAUAUAUAUAUAUAUAUAUAUAUAUAUAUAUAUAUAUAUAUGAUGGUUGAUGUUUCAUGGUUGGUCUCCACGGGUGUCUACUUAUAGCUCUGGUAAAUAAUGAAGAAUAAGCCUCCAUUUCAUUUUAGUUCAGUGAGCAUGUCUGGCUCAGUGUGUUCGCUAGAUUUCCAGGAUGGUAUUACUUUUGCACCUGUUUUUAGGCUGGAUGCUGCUAGUACUUUUACUCCAAGCUCUUUGCAUGGUGUUUAACGAAAUGCUUGUCUUAUAGUAUGAAUAUAAAAGCUCCUGGUACUUAUGUGA